AUGGCUCCAGUUAAGAUCGCAGAAGAUUACUACGCUGUCCUUGAGGUUUCAAACUCAGCCGACAAUGAAACGAUCAAGAAAAGCUUUCGGAGGCUGGCAAGGCUGCUGCAUCCCGACAAGAAUCCUGGCAAGGCUACUGCGACAGCUUCAUUCCAACUGCUCCAAAGGGCAUACGAGAUAGUAAGCGACCCUGAACAGCGACGUGUCUAUGAUACGGUCUGGGAAAGCAUUCGAGAUCGUCUAUGGGCACAGCAGGAUGCGGAAAAACGCCAGGCUGAAGCCGCAGAGCGGAAGAGAGCUGCAGAACAAAAAGAGACCGCAACACGGAAGAAGGCUGCAGAGCGGAAGAGGGCCGCAGAGAGGGACCAGGCCGAAGCCGCAAAAGCAGAGGCAGAGCGGAAGAGGGCCGCGGAAGAGAGGAUGAAUAGACGAGAAGAAGAGACCGCACGGCAGGAACGUCUUCGAUUCCUACAAUCACGCCGAAAAGGCUACGAGAUUGACAUCAUGGAGGCUUCCCGCGUGGUCCAACAAAAGAAGAACGAAUUACUCAAGGAGGAGAACGAGCUCAAAACACUGGAAACUGCCAUGCAGGAAGUGGAUGACAUGAUUGCCGCCCACAGGGACCAGGAGGAAACAGAGGAGGCGGAGGCCCAGGCGGCGAAGUUGCGAGAACAGGUCAGAAAGGAGCAGGAAGCAAGAAUGGAACAGGUGAUGGACGAGCUGUUUGGGCGUAGCAGAAGGCCGAACUUGUAG